AUGACAAAUAUGAAGCAUACAGCGGCUGCGGUACUUCUUUGUUUGAUGGCGGGAGUGGUAGCCAAUCCAAUAAAACGGUCUCCAGACCUCGAAGCAAGGCGAAGAAGCGCUGUCGAUCGCAGCAUGAUAAGGUUCGGUCGUUCGUAUCCACCAGAGCCUUCAGCCGCAGACCUGCGAGAGAUGUUCCAAAGACCAACGAGACGCAGCAACAAUUUCCUCCGCUUCGGUAGAUCGCAGCCUCUCACCUUCACAGCAGAUGACCUGAUAAAUCUCCUUAGAACGUAUGAAACCGACUAUGAACCUGAAUCAAAACGCUCUGCCAAUUUCAUCCGUCUAGGCCGUGACCCAAAAUUCAUUAGACUGGGCAGAGCAGUUGAAGAAGAGAAAGCCAACGUGCAAACACCACUUUACAGCUACCCUCAGAGGAAGAAUAGGGCACGAGAUCACUUCAUAAGACUAGGGAGAGAUAGCGAAGAAUUAGACGAUGUAGAAACUGAAGGGAAGGGAUCAGAUGAAAUAUGCCGCGACUGUGAAGCGUAA